UGUAGUUUAGGCUGCAAGCCAUAUUUUGUUUUGCGCUCACUCUCUCCGGUGAAUGAACAGCAUUGUGGCUUACUGGUUAAGUGGCACCACAACCAUUCUGACAGAAUUUUUUAAAAAGAAAAGAUACGACAAAUCUCUUUGAUUUGUGGGCCACAGAUCAAAGAGAUCAUCUGGUAGGUGUGCAUUUUUUCCAAAACAGACCGAAGAAAAGUUGUGGAAAACUUUUAGAGGACAAAUCAGGAUUUACGUUGAUGUGAGAGUUAAUUUGAAGCUUUACAAAUACAAAGGCACAUGGUGAUGUAUGAAGUCAGCGGGUCACCAAUAACUGUUCUCACACACUUUCACUGUGACCAGGCCAUGGAGGAUUCGGAAUUCUCUGAGAAAGAAAAUGAGUUUCGGGGCGAGCUGGUAAACCAGCGGUGGACGCGAGGCGAGAGGACCAGCAGCCGCUGUCAGGCCUCCCUAAGACUGCAGAGCCGUCGACCAAUCAUGAUGAGUGUAGAAAGUGAUGACAAGCGAACUCGCACUCGGUCCAAGGGAAUCAGAGUUCCUAUUGAGCAUGUAGGACAGGAGCUGAGCUGCCCCACCCCUGGAUGCAAUGGCUCUGGCCAUAUCAGUGGGAGAUACUCACGACACAGAAGCAUUCUGGGAUGCCCCUUAGCCAGAAAGCGCCGACUUGAGGAGGCAGAGGCAGAGCAGGAACAGGAAAUGGAGCGGCCGACAUCCAAAAGGAAGUCCCACCCCCUCAAACUGGCUCUGGAUGAGGGUUUCAGCGCAGAGAGUGAUGUCAGUAGUGAAGGUGAGGGAGAGGGGGAGACGGAUGGAGAGAACAGAAGCAGAAGCAAGGAGGAUGAGGACGAUAUUGACACUGCUGCAGUGGAAGAGAAGACUGUGGAAGACCUAAAACAUGAAGGACAAACAAAUGGACAAGAUGUGGAGACACAGAGUCAGCAAAAGGAGGAAGAGGAGAGGGAAGAAUCAGCAAAUCGUAAGGACUUAGAAGAAGAGUGUGUCAUCAUUGAGCCUCCAAUGACACAGGAGUGUCAGUCUCCUUCUCUGAAUGCUGAAGAAGUGGCCAACUCUCUCCUCCACCUCGGCCGAGUCCCUGCUACCGGUAACGACAGCGAUGCUCCAACUGUGGCAGCCCCGCAGCCUGUUGCUAUGGAGACUGAGGGGAAUGUCACCGUGACAGUUGAACACAAUGAAAAAGUAAAGGAGCAGCAGGGUGGGAAAACGGCUGAGGCAGAGGAAGGCGUAGUAGGCAGAGGUCACGACAUGGAAGAGGCGACAGAGCAGGAGUUGGUGGAUGACCGAGGAGAGCAAGAACCUCUUGCCAAGGAGGUCCACCAUGAACCCACAGCAGAUGAAAAGGAGGAGACAGCAGUGUCAGCACAGCAGAGAAAGAACACACCAGAAGAGGAGGAGAAUGAUGAGGAGGUGAACCCAAAUGUACCAACUGCUGUCCGCACCAGCACCAGCACCACAGCAGCUCAGGGACCACGCAUCAAGACUGAAGACCACAGGCUCAGUCCUCUGGAGGACUACAACACACAUGACAACUACGGCGUGACUACAGCCACUCCACUUGAGAGUUAUGACUCCCACAAACCACUUCAUAACUACAAGGCCUGCCUUCCUUUAAACUACAUCUCCCACGUGGCCAGUCCACUUGAGAACUACUCACCAAAUCCCAGAGGGGAUAACUUUCAAAUCCACAAAGUCUCCCACUCUGCUUCCCCUGACAUUAUCGAGGUGCAUUCUGACAAGUCUGAUGAGAAAGACUUUGAUGAUGGAGAUGGUGACAAUGAGCACGAUGACGAGGACAGCCUCUCCCAGCGCUCCACCGUCACAGAUGAGUCCGAGUUGUUUGACAUGACCCGAGGGAACCUGGGCCUCCUCGAGCAAGCCAUUGCUCUCAAGGCGGAGCAGGUGAAGCCAGCCGGGCCCAGGGAGCUGCUAGGUGUGCCCGAUAUACAGCAUCACAGAUAUUUCACCAUGGAAGACCGGCCUAAGCACCUUGAUGUCAUCAGAAAGAGCUACUUCAAAGAGAGUAUUCGGCCAGAGAAGAGGGAGAUCAAGUGUCCCACCCCAGGGUGUGAUGGAACAGGUCAUGUGACUGGCCUGUACCCCCACCACCGUAGCCUGUCAGGCUGCCCUCACAAGGACAGGAUCCCCCCUGAGAUUCUGGCCAUGCAUGAGAAUGUGCUGAAAUGUCCAACUCCUGGCUGCACUGGUCAGGGCCAUGUUAACAGCAACCGAAACACACACCGCAGUCUUUCAGGAUGUCCCAUUGCAGCGGCAGAGAAGUUGUCCAAGACCCACGACAAGCAGAUCCCUCAGCCUGGGAGCGACCUCCUCAAAGGAAGUCCCAAUGACAGAGUUCUCAGGCCCAUGUGCUUCGUAAAGCAACUGGAGAUGCCCCAGUAUGGUAGCUACAGGCCCAACAUGGCGCCAACCACACCCCGCGCCAACCUGGCCAAGGAGUUGGAGAAGUACUCCAAGGUGUCCUUCGAUUAUGCAAGCUUUGAUGCUCAAGUGUUUGGGAAGCGUAUGCUUGCACCAAAGAUGCCCACCAGCGAAACCUCACCCAAAGCCUUCAAAAGUAAGCCCUCAUUCGCCAAGUCAUCGUCGCCCAGCCUUAGCCUCCAAGGUUAUGGCAAACCUUCCCCCUUGGCCUAUGACUACUCCCACGAUGCCGAAGCUGCCCACAUGGCUGCCACCGCUAUCCUCAACCUGUCUACACGGUGCUGGGAGAAACCUGAGAACCUUAGCACCAAGCCACAGAACAAGGAAAUGGACAUUGAGGUGGAUGAGAAUGGUACUCUGGACCUGAGUAUGAAGAAGCCCAUCAAGCAUGAGGGCAGCCUGUCUGGCACCAGCCCGGGGGUCCGUUCCCCAGACCCUUCUUCUUCCUCAUCUUCCUCUCUGCAUCAUGGGGAAAGCAGUGGGAUGACAUCACCAAACCUGCAGAGCUACAAACAGGAGGAGUGGGAGGGGCCUCUGGAUUUUACCAAACACAACCGCCAAAGGGAGGAGGAAAUGGACGAGAUGGAUCAUGCUGCACAGUCGUAUGUGUCAUCUGACCCAGAGGACAGUGACAUGAUGCAGGACUUAAUGGAGGACAGGAAGUACCCUGGAGAAGUCACAACCCCAAACUUCAAGGUCAAGUUCCAGCCCAAGGACAGCAAGAAGGAGUUGCUGUCAUGCCCAACACCUGGUUGUGAUGGCAGUGGCCACAUUACAGGGAACUAUGCAUCUCAUCGCAGUUUGUCUGGGUGUCCUCUCGCUGAUAAGAGCCUCCGGUCCCUCAUGGCGGCACACACCCCUGAACUCAAAUGUCCCACCCCGGGAUGUGACGGCUCAGGUCAUAUCACAGGAAACUACGCCUCCCAUAGAAGUCUCUCUGGGUGCCCGCGUGCCAAGAAAAGUGGAAUUAAAACUCCUACCAAGGACAACCAGGAGGACUCGGAGCUUUUAAAAUGUCCGGUGCCGGGCUGUGACAGUCUGGGACACAUCAGCGGGAAGUACGCCACGCAUCGCAGCGCCUACGGGUGUCCACUUGCAGCCCGCAGGCAGAAGGAGGGCCUCCUGAAUGGCACACCCUUCAACUGGAAGGCAUUCAAGACAGAGGGACCCACGUGUCCAACCCCGGGAUGUGACGGCUCUGGGCACGCUAACGGCAGCUUCCUCACACACCGCAGCCUCUCAGGAUGCCCCAGGGCGUUGUAUGCCAAGAAAAAAGCCAAGUUUCCCACUGAGGACUAUUUGAGUACCAAGUUCAGAGCUAGUGAUGUUCUGGACAAUGACGAAGACAUCAAGCAGCUCAACAAAGAGAUUAAUGACCUCAACGAGUCCAACAACGAAAUGGAGGCAGAUGUAGUCAACCUGCAAACUCAGAUCACUUCUAUGGAAAAGAAUUUGAAAAACAUUGAGCAAGAGAACAAGAUGAUCGAAGAGCAGAACGAGGCUCUGUUCAUGGAGCUAUCUGGUCUGAGCCGGGUCCUGAUCCGUAGCCUGGCUAACAUACGCGUGCCACACAUGCAGGAGCCCAUCACGGAGCAGAACUUCGACAGCUACGUGAACACUCUGACCGACAUGUACACCAACAAAGACUGCUUCCAGAGCCCUGAAAACAAGGCUCUACUGGAGAGCAUCAACAAAGCUGUGAAGGGUAUCAAAGUCUGAGACACACACACACACACACACACACACACACACACACACACAGACGUGGAAGAGCGAAGCUGUCCUAAAGACCGUGACAGAGUCACAGGGAUAUUGAAAUAUAUCAAGUAAUAUAAAUCAAAAACAAGAAAAAGGGAAUUCAGGUUAUAUAAAUAAACACAACCCAGGGAGCAAUCUGUGAGCAGAAAAGGACGCGGACCAAAAUCCCCAUGAUGCUGCUUCUGGGAUCACUGAAGAUGUGAAGAAGAAACGAAUCCUUCAGGCAGAAUGGAUGGACUACAAGGCUACUUACUAUAAGCUAACGUAUCUGGGGCGUUCAUUAUGCUGUAUGGUCACUCAUAUAUCUCCUGUGUGUCCUGAGAUGUGUUUAAGGACAAUUUCACUGUUGCCCAGAUGAUCCUUUUUGUUAGUUAGUUAUUUUGUUUGUUUGUUUGUUUUUGAUCGCUUGAAACAUGGUGGAUGGCGGACUUGUAAAGGAAGAGGAGUUGAACAUUAGUUCUGUAGCAUUCACUGUGGCAAGUAUGUGUGUGUUCACCAGCUCUGAACAGCCCAGCGACCACACACACAAACACACACACACACACACACACACACACACACGCACACAAGCAAUAUGGCGCAUGCACUAAAUUCAAUGUGUGUCUGCUUUGUGUUACUACCACACCAAAGGAGUCAAUGCGAUGUUGAUCCCAUUUUGUGAACACAUUCAAGUGGCAAGCUGAUCGAGGACCAGCGAAGGUUGCGUUCUUUCUACAUGCGACAUAAGCAGCAGCAGAUAAACAACUUUUGUUUAAUUGUUUCAAAAAACAGACACGCGCGUAGUCAUAGUGUGCACACAUUGCAACUUAAGUUAGUCAUAUCAAUAGUUUUUAUAUCAACAUAGGAAUUGCACUUAAUUUCAUUGAAUAGUUUUGUGGUACAAUAAUUAUUGUUAUAUAUGAAUUAUUUAAAUUUGUGAACUUUUAAAUUGUAACUUAUUGACAUUUAUGUUAUUGAGGUUUAUUUAUUUGAAGCAAUUUAUUUAUUGAAUUUGUAACGCAAAAAGAAUGCAUCUUUACUGAUUAAUAUGGAAGCAAUUUACAGAUGUCUCGAGAAUCUUUAUAGAUAAAGGUCAAGGCAUAUUUUUUUUAAAAAUACUUUUUAAAACAAAUGUUUUAUAACAAAAAUACACCUUUUGCCCAUUUUUUUUUUUUUUUUUCAUUUUAAUUAUGUUCUUUCUGGUUCUCGUAUGUUCCUAAACACACGACUGGAAAAAAAAUGAGGAAAUAUGUAUUUAUUAUUUAUUUAAUAUGAAAGAAAUCGACUGAUGGCUGUAUAUUUAUUUUGUUAUUUAUGUGUGUGAUGUGACUAUGAUGAGUCUGAGUAGUCUUAACGAUCCACUGAUAAUAUUUAAAUAAAGACAAAAAAUCAGCACAGGUAUUGUUUGAUUACUUAGGCCUAAAUGCGUAGGUAUGCCUGGAGCUGAAAACUGAAAGUAAUUACUGUUGUCUUGCUCUCUGCUCUCUGUAUUGUUUAUGCCAGCUCAUGUUUGCUCGUGUGACAGAAAACCAAGGAAACUUAACAAAAGAAGUGACCUCCCCCAAGCAUUUUGUAGCAGCCAACAUAACUCACCCCAAACUUCUGUAAUGUACUAAAGAUGCUUACAUAAUGCAUUUGGUAGCUAUUUUGUAUUUUUUUUUUAUUUAUUUUUUUUUACAUCUGUUAUUCCAGUCCAAUGAUGCAUCUGUGGACUUGUGUUAUUAAGGUUGGCUUUCAAACACACAUAUACACACACGUACACAAAGCAAACUGUAGGAUGGCCUCCGUUUGACAAAAAUACACACCCUUGUAGCCUUACUGUAGAUCUUUAAUUUUUUGAUGCACAAAGUGCCACUAAAAGAAAAAGAAAAAAAAAAACUCUCUUUAUUUCCAGAUUCUUGGCAUUUCUGCAAAGUUCCAAUGUCUGGUCCUGGGAAGACCAUGGCAUCAAGAGAGUGGUGAUUGUUUCAGAUGCCUUUAUUUCUCUGCCAAGAUGGCCAUAAGUACACUAUAUAUUCAUUCUGUAUAAAUAGAUUUUAAAAAUGCUAUAUAUAUGAAUAUAAACAUACAUAUAUUUUUCCAGUGUAAUUGUGGACUUGCGCUUCUACUCCUUUUCAAAGCAUCACUCGCUAUGUAGAAGAGAUGUGAGGGCUGUAAGCAAUAGGAGGCAGUUACACAAAGACCCGUUCAACUGUGGCUUUAAAUACAACACGCUGGAGUUGAAGGCAAUUAGGCAAAGUUAUAUGUUACAGUAUCCUAGAAAAGUGUUACCACUCCACCCGCUUUAUUUUAUUUGUCUGUCUUUAAUCCAGAGAUGUAAAAAGAAACACAUCUACUGCCUGUAUGUCGUACCGAAUCUGAGAUUGAUACUAGAUGUUUGGCUCUUUAUUUGUGUCAUGUAAC